CUCUUUAUAUUAUUAUUCUUUCUUGAAAUAAUAAGGCUAAUAAAGACAAAUAUAUAAUAACUCUUCUCUCUUCUUCCACUCACAAUAAAUAAACUCUUUAUUUUCCUCUCUCUCUCUCUCUUCUUCUCUGUUUGUGGGUCUCCAUAUUUUCUCAGGUCGGUGAUUUAAUUUUAGGAAUGACUAGAUAGGAGUGAUUAGUCAGUAGUAUAGAGCAAAGUAAAACCAGAAUAAUAAGAAGAGCAACGGUUUCCUUCUUACAAAUCUCUUGUUUUAGUUAUUUCUUUUCCUUUUUUUUUUUUUUUUAUCAAAGAUGGGAGAAACAGAAAACCACCACCACCAACAUCAAAACCACAACCACAACCAUAACCAUAACCACCAGCAACCGCCGCCACAGGUGGUUGCUCCUCCGAUGGCGCCUUCACUUCCUCUCGGAGCAGCAAGGGGUCCCACUUGGGUUCCAGCUGAACAACUCCAACAGCUUCACUAUUGCAUCCACUCCAAUCCCUCAUGGCCAAUAGCAGUUAUUCUAGCUUUCCAACACUAUAUUGUGAUGCUGGGGUCUAUAGUUCUGGUUACUAACACACUUGUGCCUCGAAUGGGUGGAGACAGUGGUGAUAAAGCCCGAGUGAUUCAAACAUUGCUGUUUGUGGCAGGAAUCAACACACUUAUUCAGACUAUGAUGGGGUCCAGGCUUCCUACUGUCAUGACUGCCUCUUUUGCUUUUACAUUACCUGUCUUAUCUAUCAUCAAUGACGUUUCUGGUAGGGAAUUCCAAGAUGAGCAUCAGAGGUUUCGUUACUGCAUGAGAACUAUCCAAGGUUCUCUAAUUGUCUCAUCCUUUAUCAGCAUGAUACUUGGGUUUUCCAGGGCAUGGGGAAAUUUGACACGCUUAUUCAGUCCAAUUGUAAUCGUGCCACUGGUUUCUGUUGUGGGACUUGGGCUCUUUGCAAGGGGAUUCCCACUUCUUGCUAACUGUGUAGAAAUUGGCCUGCCAAUGCUGAUAUUCCUUGUUAUAUCCCAACAGUAUUUGAAGCGAAUCCAUUCCACGGCUCAUCAAAUUCUUGAAAGAUUUGCUUUGCUUUUCUGCAUUGCGCUCGUCUGGGCUUUCGCUGCUAUCCUCACCGUUGCUGGUGCUUACAACAAUGUUAAGCAGCAGACGAAACUAAGCUGCCGUACAGACCGCUCUUUUCUUAUGUCAUCUGCCCCUUGGAUCAGAAUUCCAUACCCCUUUCAGUGGGGUACACCCAUAUUCAAAGCAAGCCAUGUCUUUGGAAUGAUGGGGGCAGCUCUUGUUGCAUCUGCAGAGUCAACUGGAACACUUUUUGCAGCAUCGAGGCUAUCGGGUGCUACAGCCCCUCCAGCAUAUGUUCUCAGCAGAAGUAUUGGGCUGCAGGGUGUUGGCAUGUUGAUUGAAGGAAUUUUCGGUGCUGCUGUUGGCAAUACUGCAUCUGUUGAAAAUGUUGGCCUACUUGGAUUGACACACAUUGGUAGCAGAAGAGUGGUGCAAAUAUCAACUGCUUUCAUGUUCUUCUUCGCCAUAUUUGGAAAAUUUGGUGCCUUCUUUGCCUCUAUUCCUUUACCAAUAUUUGCUGCUAUAUACUGUGUCUUGUUUGGCAUUGUCGCUGCUUCUGGAAUCUCAUUCAUACAAUUUGCAAACUGUAAUUCGAUGAGAAACCUAUACGUUUUAGGCCUUAGCUUGUUCCUUGGAAUAUCAAUACCCCAAUAUUUUGUUAUGAGCACUGCUUCAGAUGGACAUGGACCAGUAAAAACAGAUGGUGGAUGGUUUGAUGACAUAUUGAACACAAUCUUCUCCUCUCCACCAACUGUUGCCAUGAUUGUUGGGACAUUGCUUGAUAACACACUAGAAGCAAAAUAUGCAAUUGAUGACAGAGGAAUCCCAUGGUGGAGACCUUUCCAAAGCAAGAAGGGAGAUGUUAGAAAUGAAGAGUUCUACAGCUUACCUCUCAGGAUACAUGAAUAUAUGCCCACCAGAUUUCUCUAAACUAAUAAUCAUAUUUUUGGCUCUGUAUAUUACUACUUUUCUUUUUUGGUCUACCAUCUUUAAUCUGUUAGCACAAUGUUUGAGCUUUUUUUUAGGUUGUGUUGUGUGAUAAGUUGUAAUCAAUGAACACUUUGAGCUUUUCUUUUUCUUAUUUCCUUCUUCAGAACUUACAGGACUUUAAAGAGUCUCUGAAAAAGAACACUAAUAUUAUUUUGGUCUCUCAUUUUGAAAA